CGUAUUGAUAAGUCGCGAGGUGCAAUAUGGGUACUCGAUCACCAUUAGCAGUUACUACAGCAAUAGUCAAUGGAACUUUAUCGGCUUCACAGUGUCCGCAGUCAUUUCGGUCCAUCAAAGAUGACGCGAGGCGAGUGGGUGUUGCUACCGGGUUUGCUGGGGCUCCUAUUCUCGAGCCUUGGGGUGGCCGCGACGCCGACGAAUGGGGCUUACGCCUCCGGCGUCUGCGCGUUCCUCUGCGACUCGGGUCUCGGCGGCGAGCCCUGCGAGGCCUUUUGCACCAGCCGUCGGCAAUCCGCGAGUCAGUCGAAUACCGUUACGGGAAAGAGGGACGUCGCCGAUCUCGGCCUCGACGCCGCGGCGCCCGCGACUAGGAGUCAAACGGUAUGCGAUUUCCGCUGCGAUCUCGAGCCGCGGCCGACCGGAUGUUCCGGGUGCCCUGGGAGCGGAAUUUCCGGUGGGAAAAUAUCUCUGCCGGUGGAAAGUCAUCGACCAGUCGCUGCCAGUCCCGGAGCACGUGGUGUACCGGGGACCAGUGACGUCAUCGGAGAACGCGACGCCGGGAAGAACGACGCUGCCGCUGCUGCGGGCGACGAUUUUGACCGGGAGAAAUUCUGCAAGGAGGAAUGCAGGAGAGGAAAUGGCGGGCUCGCCUGCAACUGCGACAUCAUCCCUUAACCGAGCUUGCGGACGUCGUCGUGAUCCCUGCCCAGGAAGAUCGGAACUCGUCCCAUCGUCCUUCCAGACGUAUGAAUCACGUGUAUCGUUGACGUAUGUUCGUAUUUAAGAAAUUCUUUGUAACAUACCUAAACAUGAAUUCACAUAUCUCGUAGCGUAAUAUUACGAUCACGCGGCUGGUCAAGACCGCGGUUAUUCGCCAAUUUCAAAUCCUCUCUCUCUCUCUCUCUCUCUUUCUCGUAUCAUACAAUCUCCAAAUCACUGUGCUACUUUCUUAGUCUGGAAAUAGAAGGAAUUUUCGAGAUUUUUUCUAUAAACUCGCAACGUAAUCGAACAUUCUUUAUACGCUUUGUUAUUGUACGAAUCUACACCCAGAGAAAACUUUUUGCUUUUUUGAAAAAUCAAUUUUUAAAAGAAUUUUAGUGGGAACACGAUGUACUGUUGCAAACACCAAUAUCAAUCAAAUAUUUGUUUCAAAAUCGCAACUAAAAAAAAAGAAAAAAAACAUAUCAAUUGAAUAAAAUAUACCUACAAAAACGAAAUGUCGAUUUUAAUUUAGUAAAGUUAAUGAAUUAAUAAUUCCUUCACGGCAUUAUCAAAAUAUUAAAGCACCCUCAAAGUUUACUAAAUCUAUUCGGUGGAUAAAAAUUAGUCAACUUUACAAAAUCAUGAGAGCUACUAUUUGAUUACCACAAUUGAAUAAUAUGUUGCAUCGAAGAUCUACAAAAUGUUUUUUUGUGGUGGCGAAAUGUUGACGUACAUUCGACUUCGCAAUCGUAACAGAAUCUAUGGGAUUGCGGUGUCAAACCUUGUCUUAGAUAGGACUAAGAUAUCUUUGUUUCGUGGGCAAAAUAGUUUCAUUAAAUUAUUUGGUUGCUCUAACAAAACGUUUGGUGGGUCGUAUACUGACCCUGAAAUUUGUUUACGAUGAAAAAAUGUUUGCUGUGAAAAAUAAACAUUUUUCUGAGCGCAGGAUCUCUCCUCGACUUGUGUCAAUCAUUGCGAAUGACCGAAUCAAGUAUCUGGAAUGAUGCAGGCUUCGAGUCUGUUCACCUGAAACUCAGGCACAAGAAACAUCCCGUAACCCAAAACCAGUGUCACGUUGCGACAGACAGAGUGCGCUGAGUGAUUCUAUUCAGCGACAUCGCAAUUAAGUUUCCGAUCAAUUGAAUCAGUCUUGAUAUUCCUGAAACCGAUUCCGAAUAGCAUCAAUAUCGCUGACCAUGGAUAAGCUUGAAUCUGAUCCAGAGCCAAGUGUAACGUAAAAAACGCUGAUUUUGUAAUUAUAGAAUGGAGUUAAAGUAAUAAGGCGGUUCGUGUGUAAGUGUAUAAUAAUGUUAAGCGCACCGUGUCAAAGUAUCUUAUUUGAUUGUGAAAUGGGUUGGAUGCUGAUGUGCAAUUUUACGCCAUGGCUGUUGACUAGACGCGUUUUUUAAAAUGGAAAUACUGUUCUUGAAGCGAUCUGUCGGAGCCAUAUAUGAUAUGUAUCUUAGAUUUAAGGAUUUCUACACUGUAAGUUUAGUUCGCACGAUGAAAACCGAUUCUCCGAUAUUCUCUGUCCAAUGUAUAGCCAAUGGAACUAAUUGUAAAACAGACGCAGAUAUAAUGCAAUUGGCUUGAAGCGCCGUGGCGUCCUGAUGGACAACCACGUGUGCAAUCAUCACACAUCCAUGUUCUCAUCUCCAGCCGCAGGGUGCAAUACUUGGUUUAAAUACUUGGUCAUUGAUCGUAUGAACGCGACUUAAAUGUGCGAUAUGUGUAUUAUGCAAUAAUAUGUAAUCGAUCGCGAUACUCGAUGAUAAUAAACGAGUGUUGCGUUAUCGUAAAAUAUGUAAAUAGGCUUGAUCGGCGUGUAACGUUAAGGAUUGUUUUCCCGUAGCUUUUACACAUGCGGAUAUAAAUUUGUAAACAAAAUCAUUGUCUUCCAUUGAUAGUUUACGAUGUAAUUCGUAAUUUUAUAUUUAAGAUUGCUGUAAUGAGGUCAGCCCGUUGUUUCGUUACCUUUAUGAUUAACAGCAUGUCCAACAUUUCAAAUCUUCCCUCUGAGCUGUUUCGCAAAUUUUACAUAUGCAAUUAAAUUUCCUUGCUGGGAUAGAUUGUGCUAUAAAAACAUGAUUAUUAACGAGAAUUCACCUUUCGUAAUUUAAAAAUUUUUAACGCAACUCUGAGUUACAACGAAAAUUUUUGUGCAGUCAUUUUUUACUCGACAAUCUGUCGCAUGAACACAGUCAGAAUGAAUUUAAGCAAUCAUUGUAAGACGUGCUUUUAGACGUGGUGAAAAAUCUGCUCAUACGCGUCAAAUUUUAAUUGCAUACCUAUAAUAUUGAUAGUCGAGAACAUAAAUUAUUUGUACACGUGUUUGUUCAGUGUUUAAUGGUUAUUGUAAUAUACGUUAAAGAAAUAUUGUUAAAAACAAAAUAAAUAAAUAAACGCUUGCGAGUCUAUAAGCUACGGUACACCGUUUCAAAAGUUGUGACGCGACAAUAAUACGUAGAUGCUAGGGAUGCGUGUAUGUGAAACAUAUGCUGUAUUUGGUAAUAAUGAUAUUGUAUUAACGAUGAUAUAGGUAUAACAAUUACGCUAAAACGUUACGAUAAACUUGUCUUUAUACGUAUUAUCUGUAAGUAUAAUAGGUAUAUAUUAUGUAAAAAAUUUUAUGGUGUGAAUGCAAUUUGGUAUGGAAAAACGUACCUGUGUAAUACCGAUGCAUACAUGUCAUAGGCGUUGGGAUCUAUAUCUGCAAUAUACACUUUAUAAUCUACCCGCUUUGCUUACCGUGUUUAAAUUUAAUUAGGAAUCCCCGAUGUAGCUCGAUUCCAAGUUCGUUAGAAUGAGUCUGAUUAGUAUUUUCUCAGUCACCCUGCUCUUCCAAGAUGACUGAUGUAGAUCAAACUAAUGUAUUGUUAGCCAUUUUCUAGUAAAGCCCAAAAAAACUCAAUUUGCAGUAGUUUCUCACUACUAUUACAUUAUACUUUUCUAAUGGCGGCGAUUGAAAAUGCGGAUGAUCCAUCUGAGCUAUGGUAUUUGAUGACGAUUUAAUUGCUUCCAAAUUACUGUGUACAUAUAUUAGUAUCCGAACAAUAUUACAAAUGAUUGUACUUGAAAGUAGAAUUUUAAUAAAACGGAUUUUUGGCCGUCACCCACGUGAUCUAUGAAGUC